AUGUACUACAUUUCCGGAGCAAAAGUACGUCCAGAAAUACCACUGUAUCAGGUUGGUGAUUACAAAUACAGAGAAUCCCUGAAAAUGAAACCAAUAGUUUUUACACUAUGGAAUAAGUGUCGGAUUCCAAUGGCAAUUAAAUAUGAAACAGGAACUAUAUAUGCAAUGAUCUGUGGGGCUGAUGCAGAGAGAAUUAUCCCGUUCAACGAGAAUGAUUUGUAUGAAGCAAAGAAAAAUGUUAGUAUUCUCCUUGCUCAAUUUUUUAAUGAUAAAAGGCCAAGACUUAAAAGUAUACCGAGUGUUUAUCAUACAAUUCUAAAGCUCUAUACCACUGACCACAUGAGCACCGGAAGAAUAUGCUUGAAGAACAACUCUCCAAAAAAGACGCAGCCAGUUCAUCAUCAGCUCAGCCAACCAACAGCCUCCUCCUCAAUCACAACUGCCACACCAUCGAAACAAGCUUCACCAAAACCAAGUCAAUUCAAUCUUGAAACACAUACAGAUCUACCUGCCAACCCUUCAAAGAAAAGUCGACCCAAAAUGGAUUGA